AUGAUAUUUAUGAAUCUUUGGAUUCCAGGAAGUGCCAUUCUUAUCUUGAUCGUACUUUACAAGUUUAUCAUUUACCCCCUCUUUCUGUGUCCACUUUCCAAAAUACCUCGAGCCCACUGGAGCUCUUCUAUUUCUCCAAUUUGGAUUCUAUGGAUAAGGUAUAGGAAUUGGGAAAAUCAAAACGUUCACAGAGCCCACCAAAAUUUGGGAUCAAUAGUUCGACUAGGCCCAUAUGAGCUGAGCGUCAAUAGUAUAGAGGCCAUGCGAACUGUAUAUAGUGGAGGAUUCGAGAAGGGUGAUUGGUAUUCAAGUUUUGAUAAUUACGGUAUCUCGAGUGUUCCAUGUAUGUUUUCAACACAUCAUUCGCGACCGCAUUCAGCUAGAAAACGGAUGGUAGCUAAAGUCUACUCAAAAUCUUUCAUUCAAUCAUCUUCUAUCACAGCGAAACAAUCACAGAUUAUUCUUUUUGAAAGACUGCUACCGCUUCUCAAAAAUGCAGCAUUACCAGAGUGUUUCCCGAAUGGUAUAGAUAUACACGAAAUCUGGAAUGCUACUGCCAUGGAUUUUAUAACUGCAUAUAUCUUCGGCCUAAGAAACUCGAGCAACUUUCUCGAAAACGAAGCCGUUCGAAAGCGCUGGUUUCAUUUAUAUAACUCUCGAAAAAAGUAUGACUUUUUCCCUCAAGAGCUCCCCAGACUCACUAAAUUCUUGAAACGAAUUCAUAUCAAUCUUGUCCCCAAGUGGGUUAAUGAAGCUACAAAAGAAAUUGAGGCUUGGACUAAGGAACUAUGUGAGACAACUUUUGAUUUUGUUCAACGAGCAGCUAUGGAGGAGGUGGAAGCCGAAAAUCAGCCUGUUGUCUUUGAAGCCAUAUUCAGCGGUAUACAAAAGGCAAAGGAUAUGGAAAAGGACUCUAUUCUUGAGAACACCGUGGUCAAAUUUCCUGAGCUUAGUAUAGCGAGUGAGGUUUACGAUCACUUAGCUGCUGGUCACGAAACUUCUGGAAUCACACUCACCUAUCUUUCCUGGCAUCUUUCUCAACAGCAGUUAGUCCAAGACGCUCUCCGCGCUGAACUUCUAACGCUCGAACCAAAUUUUCUUCUCUCUUCCAGUCAGAAUCAUCAUUCACUCCCAAAAUUAAAGGCUGUUGAUGAACUCCCACUUCUUCAUGCAGUAUUGAUGGAGACACUACGCCAGCGCACUGCAAUUCCCGGCGGGCAGCCUCGCAUGACGCCUGAUUUAUCAUGUUCCCUUGAGUCUUAUAGCAUUCCGGGUAACAUGCGUGUAGGCAUGCAAGCUUACAGCGCACAUCGAAAUGCCGCAGCUUUUCCGAAUCCGGAAAUAUGGGACCCUAUGCGCUGGCUUGAUACACAGAAUGGAUACACCAGGGAACAACGACAAGAGCGAGAUCGUUGGUUCUGGGCAUUUAAUAGUGGUAGCAGGAUGUGCAUUGGGCGUAAUUUUGCUAUGCAGGAAAUAAAGCUCAUCAUUGCUGCCGUAUAUACGAAUUUUAGAACUCGAAUAGUAGACGAUGAAGGAAUAGAGCAAAUUGACGGUCACACUUGUGGCCCGGCAAGCGGUAGACUAAUCUUAGAGCUCGAGGCGACAAAAUGA